AUGCUCUUUAUUUCUGCGCUGCGAGUCUGCAUUUUGAGAACAGAGAACUCGAAGUUUCCGAGCGCCCGCAGAGCGAGAAAACCACCCGGGCGCGUGCCCGGAGUUGGCGGCCCCGGAGCCGCGCCUCACCUGCGCGGGCCCCGAGUCCGCCCCGCCCGCCGCCCCACUGCGUCCUUUCGGGGUCGCGGACCGGAGCUCCGACACCGAGACAAAGACUGGGCGAGGCGGCUCCGCCAGACCCAUCCAACCCAUCCACUGGGCCCCGCCCGUCGGCCGGCCCGGCCCCUCACCCAGCCGAGCGCGGCGCGGCUCCGGGAAACUCACCUCCCGGUGCGGCCGCUGGAGGGGGCCGCGCCGCGCCGUAGUCUCGCGGCCUCGGUCUCAGUCCGCUCAGGGGCCGCAGUCGCCGCCGCCGCCGGGCUGGAGCCCCUCAGAGGAGGAGCACAGCCGCCCCCAGGCCCAAUCGAGCUCGGCGGCCGGGCCGCUGGAACCGCGCGCGCCUUCCUCGGUCACGGUCGCCCGGCGCCGAGUACGCGCCGAGGCUGGCUCUGCGCAGACCCGAGCGCGCGCGCUCGGGGGCGGGGCUGGCGGCGGCGGUCGCUUCGGCUCGCCCAGUGGCCCGCGCCGAUGGCGGCCGCCUCCUUCCUCCUGCGGACGCUGAGCUGCUCAUCUCUUCACUCGGCGCGGAAAACGCAGGAAGCUAGGCUCCUAAAACUUGGACCCACUCUCAACCUGAUCCAACCUACAAUCCCCCCUUCACCAUCACUCGGAAAAGUAGGCUGACCUCCACAUAAACCACCCUGAUGUGCUGAGUGAUCAACUGCCACCUCCACCCAUCCAUCCCCCUGGCCCUAUGCCCAGUUCUGUGUAGUCUUUGUUCCUCCUCCCUGUCAAAGAAGGGCCCUUUUCUGUCUAACGCUGGAGGUAAAUUGCAGGCCUCCGUGCGUGAUAGCAUUCCCUGAUAGUGAUGGUUGUCGCCUCAGCUACCACACCCCAUUGCCGUAGUUUCUUUUCCUCUUCCUGGAAUAAUCCUUUCCAAUAAAGUCUCUCUUUAU